UAUUUUUUUGUUAAAGAUUCGCAUUUCCCUUUCUCUGCUACAGAGGAUCGAGAAAAUUGUAACGGAGCCCGUUUGACGACCACGAUUCAACUUUUCUUCUCAAGCCCCCUCAUAUAAUGACGGAUUUAUGUGUAGGGUUAGGGGUUGGCAAGUUUGAUUUUUUGUGGUUGGUUUCAAAUUAGUUGGGGAUUGAUAGAAGUCGAAGCCAAUACCUCUCCCGCGGCAUUCACGAAGCUCUGAUCUCUCUCUCUCUCCGGGUGGAUCGUUCAAUGUUGAAGCUGUGGAGAUGGUACCAGCGAUGCCUUUCGGUUCAUCCGGUGAAAACGCAGGUCAUCAGUUCGGGUUUUCUCUGGGGCAUUGGCGAUGUCACCGCUCAGUACAUCACUCACUCCACCGCCCAACGCCGUCUCCAUCGGAUUCCUAAUGCGGAUGGAGAGGCAGAUGCAGAAUUCAACGUAAACUGGAAGCGAGUUGCCAUCACGAGCAUGUUCGGGUUUGGUUUUGUCGGACCCAUUGGCCAUUUCUGGUAUGAAGGAUUAGACAGAUUUAUAAAGCUGAGGCUUCUAUAUGAGCCGAAGACAGUAAGGUUUGUGGCUGCAAAAGUAGCCAUGGAUGGCCUGAUCUUCGGACCGGUCGAUCUACUAGCGUUCUUCUCUUACAUGGGAUUCGCCACGGGAAAAAACCCGACCCAAGUGAAAGAGGAUCUGAAGAGGGAUUUUCUCCCGGCCUUGGUUCUGGAAGGCGGGGCCUGGCCACUGCUUCAGAUCGCCAAUUUCCGGUAUGUGCCGGUGAGGUACCAGCUUCUGUACGUCAACAUCUUCUGCUUAGUAGACAGCGCUUUCCUCUCGUGGGUCGAGCAGCAGAAAGACGCGGCCUGGAAGCAAUGGUUUUUACUUCCUUCGAGACGUUGAAACGACGGGUACGAUUCCCCCCGAGCCAAAUGCAACCAAAAAAGAAACCAAGGUAAAGUUUUUUUGUUCAUCUGUAACAGAUUGGGUUACAAGAACAGAGGAAGGGAAGAGAAAGAAAACUUGACCAUUUGGAAACA